AUGUCUUCAUGUGUGUAUAGCUGUGCAGCUUUAGUUGAAAUUUCUUCUCUGUCCCACUUCAGUGAUGUGGUCUGUUCUUAUAACACUGGCUAUGCCAAAUGUUUUACACAGAACACAAAGCCUAUUAACCCACACACAGGUAAGGUAGGUGAAAGGCCAAUAAUAUGUUCUGAGUGUGGGAAAUGUUUUACAUACAUAUCAGAUCUUGUUAUACAUCAGAGAAGUCACACAGGUGAGAGGUCAUUUCCAUGUUCUGAGUGUGUGAAAUGUUUUGCAUGGAAAACACGUCUUGUUACACAUCAUAGAAGUCACACAGGUGAGAAGCCAUUUCCAUGUUCUGAGUGUGGGAAAUGUUUUGCACACAAAUCAGCUCUUGUUAGACAUAACAGAAAUCUCACAGGUGAGAAGCCAUUUUCUUGCUCUGAGUGUGGGAAAUGUUUUGUACGUAAAUCACAUCUUGUUAUACAUUACAGAAGUCACACAGGUGAGAAGCCAUUUUCUUGCUCUGAAUGCAGGAAAUGUUUUACACAGAAAUCAGAUCUUAUUGCACAUCAACGAACUCACACAGGUGAGAAGCCAUUUCCAUGUUCUGAGUGUGGGAAAUGUUUUACACAGAAAUCAGAUCUUAUUACACAUCAACGAACUCACACAGGUGAGAAGCCAUUUCCAUGUUCUGAGUGUGGGAAAUGUUUUACACAGAAAUCAGAUCUUAUUACACAUCAGCGAACUCACACAGGUGAGAAGCCAUUUCCAUGUUCUGAGUGUGGGAAAUGUUUUGCACACAAAUCAGCUCUUGUUAGACAUAACCGAAAUCACACAGGUGAGAAGCCAUUUUCUUGCUCUGAGUGUGGGAAAUGUUUUGUACGUAAAUCACAUCUUGUUAUACAUUACAGAAGUCACACAGGUGAGAAGCCAUUUUCUUGCUCUGAAUGCGGGAAAUGUUUUACACAGAAAUCAGAUCUUGUUAGACAUCACAGAAGUCACACAGGUGAGAGGCCAUUUCUAUACUCUGAGAAAUAAAUCCGAUCUUGUUGCACACAAUAGACAUCACUCAGGUGAGGAACCAUUUUAAUCUUCUGGAGUAUACUUAUCAUUGCCAUGCGUUGUUCUUCAAGGUUCUUAUCCU